AUGACGUAUUUCCUCCCAUUUCAAGGUUCACCUUGUUCUCUCUCGCUUCUCCGAUUCAUUUCCACCUUAAAUUCCCCCUAAAACCUUCUGCCACCGAUACUUUUGACACCAGUUAUUUCCGCUGAAGGUUUCUGUUUACGUCACCGCGGGUUCCGGUCAUUUUUCCUGUUGUUUCCGCAGUUUAGCCGCAGUUAGCUCCGCCGCUAGCCGCCAUUCCUCCUGCCAGCAACCAAUCAGUGAUCUUUGAGGCAUGGAUCCAUCAGGAGUCGCAGAACAAACACAGGAGAGUCCGUGGGGCUCGGUGGGCCCGGCAGCUCCGGCCUGCUCUCUGACGGAGGUGAUGAGCGAACAACUGGCCCGGCAGCUGGAUGAGGAGGACGCCUUCCCAGCGCUCUCAGACCCUGCGGUGGACCCGCUGCGGUCCGAGGAAGCUCCCGACACCGCCAGCGACCUGAUGUUGGCCCAGAUGCUGCAGAUGCAGUUUGACCGCGAGUUCGACGAUCAGCUUCGCCGGGAGGAGAAGAAGUUCAACGGAGACAGUAAAGUCUCCAUCUCCUUUGAGAACUACCGUAUGGUCCAUCCUUAUGAGGACAGCGACAGCUCCGAGGACGAGGUGGACUGGCAGGACACGAGACUCGACCCGUACAGAGCCGAUAAACCUCAGACGACCCCCAGGAGAGGCUUCAGUGGGAAGGGGAAGAACAUCACCACCAAACACGACGAGGACACCUGCGGACGGAAGAACACGGCUCGCAUGGACAACUUCGCUCCGGAGGUCCAUGUGGGAGACGGUCUGGGAAUGGACCUGAAGCUGUCCAACCAGGUCUUCAACUCUCUGAAGCAGCACUGCUACAGCGAGCAAAGGCGGAGCGCCCGGCUGCACGAGAAGAAGGAGCACUCCACGGCCGAACAAGCCGUGGACCCGCGGACUCGGCUGCUCAUGUAUAAGAUGGUGAACGCCGGGGUUCUGGAAAACAUUAACGGCUGCAUCAGCACCGGAAAAGAGUCGGUGGUUUUCCAUGCAGACGGAGGAAGCCUGGAGGAGCAGCCCGUCCCAGAGGAGGUGGUUCUGAAGGUGUUUAAAACCACGCUGAACGAGUUCAAGAACCGAGACCGCUACAUUAAAGACGACUACCGCUUCAAGGAUCGCUUCAGCAAACUGAACCCCAGGAAGGUGAUCCGGCUGUGGGCCGAAAAGGAGAUGCACAACCUGAGCAGGAUGAAGAAGGCAGGUAUUCCCUGUCCAGACGUGGUUCUGUUGAAGAAACACAUCCUGGUGAUGUCCUUCAUUGGGAAGGAGCACGUUCCUGCUCCUAAACUCAAAGACGUGAUGUUGGGCUCUGAGGAGAUGAAGGAGGCUUACCAGCAGGUGUUACAGCUGAUGCAGAAGCUCUAUCAGGACUGCAGUCUGGUCCAUGCGGACCUCAGUGAAUACAACAUGCUGUGGCACCAGGGCAAGGUGUGGCUGAUAGACGUCAGUCAGUCGGUGGAGCCCACCCAUCCUCACGGGCUGGAGUUCCUCUUCAGAGACUGCAGGAACGUUUCCACGUUCUUCCAGAAGAGAGGAGUGAGCGAAGCCAUGAGUGUCUACGACCUUUUCAACACCGUAACCGGACUGAACAUCCCAGUCGGAGCGGAGGACGAGGCCCUGUUCAUGACUGAGAUCGUGGCCUUGGAGAAGAGGAACGAGGAUCACAUCCAGAAACGUGGGAAGAAGACCUUCCUGGUGACCUCAGAGGACGGCGGUCCUCCUUUAGAACCCGACUCUGAUGAUUAAUGCCGCCCCUGACUCGCUUUCGAUCCGCCGUGUCACAAACGCUGUACGGAGGACAUGAACCGCAGAGGAGGUUCCAUUCCUCCCGACAGACCCCACCCACCGCCUCCUUCCAAGGUCAGGACGGAGCGCCACCUCCUGGCUGCUAGAGGAAGGAUUUCCAUCAGGCUGAGAGUGCUCGUCCUCCUGCUUCAUCGCUGUUAGAUGUGAUGAUGAAAAUGGAAGCACAUGAAGGUUAGCACUCGUCACCUGAUGGGUUUUAAAUAAGAAAAGCCAAUCAGGUGUCAUCGUUAAGAAAGCAUAACUGACAUCUGCAAUUAUAAUUAUAACCUGGGUGGUAGAUUUAACCAGUUGAUUUUAAAGGGUGUUUGAAGUGUCUCAGUUGGACCUUCUCGCUGUCUGGUUUUACGUACUGAUGGAUGAAGACCAAUCAGCUCCUGAAAGUUCAGAUUUCCUGCUUUUGCUGUUUUGAUUUUGAUCAGAUGGGAUGAAGAAGAAAUAUUAGGAUUCAUUUCUGAGUGAAUGUAGAAAAUGAAAUGUUUGCUGUGAGAAAUCAAGGUUUUAAUUUUCUUGAUGUGAAUCAGAUGAACAAUAAAAAGAUGGAAACAUGAAA